AGCAGAUCGUUUCUCUUGAAGCUCUUGGUCACAUUCUGCGUUGAGAGGACAAUGUAAGAGGCCCGAGCCUCCGUGUAACAGUCGUCAACUGAUUAAACUGAUACUUUGCGGUUUAACCACAAUGUUCUUUCUUGCACCAAUGGGAUUGCAUGUAGUUAAAUAAUUAGUUGUAGAAUUUGUCCAAGAAACUUUUUGAGUGUUAAAUAUUGUAGGAGAAAGGACUCCACUGAAACACUUGAGAAAGUUCUCAAAGUUAGAAACUUUUGCUAACAUUGAAACAGCCUUGGAAAAUUUUUUCUGACAGGACAUACAACUGAAAACAACGCAGAUAAAUAACCAUUCUCAUUGCUUGCAACUCUGACUUUCUUAGGAGCAGGUUUCUCCAGUAUCGAAAACACAAAUUUUGAUUUGCUGUAAAAAUGCUUUGAAGCGGGAAGAUGAAAGCUUAAAAAAAUAUAGGAGACUCCAUUCUUUAUUUAUUAGGACCUAACAGGUAAAAUAAAACAGGAACAAAAUUUCCGCUGGGACACCAAACACAAGAUACUCUUGCUCGACGUUUGAAUAAAUCCAGCUUAAAAGUACUUUUCUUUUCUGAAAUUUUCGAAAGCUCUGAUUUUUUUUGGAAAGAACUAAAUCAUAACUAAAGAAGAAAAAUGUUACGGGUGGUAAUGAUCCAUGAAGCCUCAACGUAGAGAAAAGUAUGAAGAACAUGGUUAUGAAGCUCAUGUCUUCUGCAAUUUAUCAUGAGUAUCUGUCGUAAGUUAAGUAUUGUGAUCCACCAUAAAAAUUAAAAGACUUAUAACAGCAAAGAAUAUUUUAAGAAAUCCCCUAAAAUGUCAGACUUUUAAAAUUUGUUUGCAUAAAAAGAAAUUAUUUCCAUUUGUCAAAGUUACUUGUGAAAGUGAAAAAUUGAGAUGAGCAUUUGUGAAUAUUUCAGAAAUACAUGCAAACGUAAAAAGAAAUUCAGAUAUUUCAAGAAAGCAUGCUGUAUUUGUUAUACUAAGUUGUAAGAGAAAUAUCAAAGGGAACAGUAUUCGAAAGUUUUAUGGGAAUUAUUAGCAGUUUAUAAAUGUUUGUUUUUAAUUUUAUGCGUGUUAACUGGUCCCUGUCAUAAAUUUCAGGAUAAAUUACUUAUUUAUUACAUGCAUCGAAGAAUGAUAGAAUUUCCAAAAUAAAAAUUUGAAAAUGACUUUUUAGAAAACUUUAAAAAAAACUAUUUACCCUAGUGGAAACGUGAAUUGAAGAUUAGAAGAUCGAAUGAUGUCAUCAAGUAAUGCACUAAGCAAGUAAUUCAAAAAAAGGAAAAAUCAUUCUGUAAGCUUUAAUGAAAUGCAAAGAUAAAACGAAACAAAAAAAGAUAAUAUUCUUCCCAUGAAUAAACUAGAGUUUCUUCAUUAUGAAAAGACUAUAAAUCAUGCAAAUAGCUUAAAAAGAAACAAAGAAGAGGUUUCUAGAAUAUGAUUCGAAAAAUGUCCGAAAAGUAUUUUCCUAAGCUCUUGCAUCGAAUCAACUGUUGAAAUGGCAAGAAAGGAAUUUGAAUAAAUUGCUUUCGGAGGGGGACGAGCGUAAAGUUGGAAAAGAAUGCUGCUGUCUGGAUGGUUUAAUUGAUUCACUAAGUACCUCGGUCACCAGCCCCCUCAGAAUGAAAGUGUAAUUCCUGAAGAAUGCUGUUUCCCGCUUUGUUAUUGAUUACGUGGGUGACUGUAACGAUCGGUGCCCCUUCUCCUCCUUUCCCACAAAAAGAGGCCCACCUGCAAAUUCCAGUCCGGGAUCUUCCCACCCAGUCUUCCGGAGAGAGUUUCAGGAUAAGUCCUCUAAUUUUUCGCAACUUCAAGAAAUCGAUUGAAUCUCGAUCGAGACACCCUAUCACGACUGCAGUAGAUUUGGGGAGGGUAUUUGGUGGUGUUCGAUCAUCGGUAAGUCCUGGAGGUGGUAAUGUGGAAAGUAAAGCCUUUGUCGGACGAAGAGUUAUGAAUUUCCCGUCUACACUGAAAGGGAGAAAUGUCCCCGCACCAACAAAUAUGAAUGUCCCUCCCCAUGGUAAUGGGGGAAACGGUGAUAAGAUGACGCACGUGUCUCACUCUAGAGGCCACAGAGACCUGCACACGAAGCUAACGGGAAAUGGGGUUGAAAAUGGCACACUUGUAUAUGAUCAUGAUUAUUUCCAUAAAGCUGCUGCAGCAGCGCCGAAAGAGAAAACUGAUCUUACCAUAAAUGACACUGCCGAGCUUUCACACAUACGAAACUUUGAAGAAUCAUCGCUGAAUGGAGAAAAUGGGAAAGAAAACAUUCAGAAUGGCGAAAAAGGAGGUGAUUUAGAAAUGCCGCCUUCCUUCAAUGUGACGCCAUCCGCUGAUAAUGUAUUCGUCCCUGAAAAAGAAUUCGGUAGUAAUAAAAGUGAUAUUCAUGUUGAAAUAACAGAGUCUAGCAAAAGAAACUUGCAAACACCAAUUAAAGGUAGUAAUAUGACUAGAGUAAAGAAACCAGAUAAACUCCCUAUAGAAAGAUCAGAUGAGGUUAUUAUUGCGUCGAAUGAAGACAGAUAUAGAACAGAUAAACCUUUAAACACAAAUUUCUCGAGAGAUGAAAUGAAUGUUGCAAGCACCAGUUCCAAUUCCAUUAAAAGUCUUCAGACACUGACAACUUCUGCUAGCAUCACCAUAAAUCGAAACAAUUUGACAACCACUCAAAACCCCAAAACUAUUAGUAGUAAAGAAAAUCAUAAUAUAUUUUCCAAUUCUUCAGAAUCUCCAAAUUUUCUAUCGAAUCAUUCUCAAAGUAUAAAAGAAUUGGCUGCAAACCACUUCCCAAUGCAACAAGAUGGAGCUUAUGAGAAAAUUACUUCGACUAGUGAUGCAUUUCCAGAGAGUAGUGAAGGAUAUGGUAUCAAGCUUUUUAAUGAUGGUAGUAAAACUCAUAGUGAUGAAUUAUUAAAAACUAUAUCUCCAACAACAGUAUCAUCAGUUGUUACUACUCCGGAUUCCCAUAUGAAUGAUCCACCGUUUCGAGGCCCUAAUGUACCGAAAGAAAUUGAGAAAUUUAAUAAAGAUAAAGAUGAGACAAAAUCCGACUAUCAAGGUCCAAAUGAGAUAGUGGAAUCUCCAUCAUUUCAGUCUGCAAAUACUGGUGAAGAAUGGAACCAUGCAAGAGAGAUUUGGGGAAUAGCAUGGGACUGUCAUUGUUACAUAAUUGGAAUAUCAUUCGCCAUCAUUGCUUUUUAUUCUUUCAUUAGUUUACUAAGAAUAAAAACAUUUGUGACAUUAUUAGCUACUGGUUAUUAUACAACUACCAACUUACUGAUAUGUGUAACAUGCUUAUUAAGAGCUUUAUAUCUCUUGUAUGAUCCUUACAAUCUUACAGGAAAGUAUCCUGUUUUUGUAUCGCAAAUAUUGCAGAAGAUAACGUUACCAUGCUUAACAUCCUGUUUCUGCAUUUUGUUUCUAGCACUGCUGAAUUUUACGAACACUCAAUUCCUCACAGAAAAAUUUCAAAGGCCAUCUGUUUUAGCACUGCUAAUCAUAUUUAUCUUCUCACUUUUCGUGACAGUUGAAAUUGCCAUUAGCAAUUUUUAUGUCUCCAGUACGGUCCUCUUAGUGUGCUAUUUGAUAAUAAUAUCAUGUUCAAGUCUUUCAUCAAUUUGCUACUUUUUUACAUUCAAAAGGUUGCAUCACAGAGCUUUAAGGAAGCAAGGAGAAAUGAUUCGUCUCACUUUCACAAAACUGCAUAUAGAUGGUGCUCAACUUCCCAAGAAACUUCCAAAACCAACACUUGGUCUUGCCGUCAAGUUAGUUCUAGUGAGCUCUUUUAUCCAAAUUUUAUUGUUUUUCUUGUCGCCAUAUGCAAUGAUAUUUCUUCGGGGACUUUUUCCAAAGAUGGACGUUCCUAAUCCGUGGUUUUGGUGGGGAUAUCAGCUUUCCUGCAGAAUACUUGAAUUAUUGUUUUGCGCAACCAUGUCUUUUGUUGCAACUCAACCUUUGAAACACUUUGAAAUUGGUGACAACAGAUUUUGUAGCAUCCUCAUGUGGUUCCCAUGCAGUUCUUUCGCCGAAUGCUUUCGAAAAGAAGAAGUUGUAGACUUUGAAGCCCAUUCAGACAAUUAUGCUAAUCCUCAAGGCCUUCGGAGAACAGAUUUCAAUGCUGUUGCAAGUUCAAGACGUCUCCAAACAAAUUCCCUGCCAACAUUCCGCACACCUCUUACUGAAGUAGAUGCAAAUCUUCCAAUGAGAACUUUGCCAUGCACUGGAAGACACACUAAUCAUGCAAGCGCUCUUUCCCUGCUUUCCUAUUACAGAUCAAAGAGAACCUUGAGCUUGUCAACAAAUGAAGGUCUUGAAGAUUUGGAACGCACUUUAUGCAAUCAAACUGUUUCAUCUUCAGAUGGACGUAACACACUUCGCCCUGCUUCGAUGCUGUAUAAGGACAACGGAUUCAUACGCUUCCGAAGAGAAAACGAUCCAGAGCAACCCAUGGAAAUGAGUGAUGAGGAUGACAAUACCCCAGAAGAAGCUGACACUAGUCUAGAAGAUGCAGAUUCUACAAAAGCUAAUGUAGGCUCCAGUUUCCACUCUUUGCUUGAAGGAGAUGUUGUGCGGAAUACUUUAUCGCCUUUCUUUCAAAUUGGCUACAAAAGGAGAUUUCGUAAAAUGAGCAGAGUUUCGAUCGAAACAACAGAUUAUAGCGCAGACGUAUCAUCUGAUCAACUCAGUAAUGUAGUCAAUCUGAGAAACGGAUUAUCAUCUAGUGCUCUGGACUUCCACACUCGAAAGUAUGGCAGCACUUGUAGUUCUGAAAGUGCAGCCAAUAGUUUCGAUGUGACGUUCUUCUUAAACAGUAAUUCAUCACCUGAAAUGCAGACAUCUCCAACCAGCACUACACCAGCAUCUUUGAAUAUCUGUUCCGCUUAUCGUAGUGAAACUGAAGACGACAAAACUUCAAGUGUUGAAGGUCACGAAGUAAUGCUCCGUAGCGUUUCGCCGAUUGUCAAACGAGCAUCUUCUGGCAGACUUUCCUUAAACUUGAACCUCCACACAUCAGGUGAUGCCAAUCAAUCCAGUGGUCACGUCAAUGUUGCUUGUGGAACAGAAGACAUAACUCCAGACUCAGCAGUUUAUCUUGAUCUUCACCUUUCCCGUGAAAAUUCUAUCAGCCCUACGAUUCCGAAAGGUUUGCUUUCUUCUAAUCUUAACCUACCACCCAAACUGUCACCCGUGGAUUCCUUCACUAAAUCAACCGAUGGCAUUUCACCUUUGUCACCAGAAACUAGUUCUGAAUCGCAAUCGAUUUCCCCUACUAGUCAAUCUCUCAGCGAGUUGAGGACUAGUAAUUCAUACGUUGUCCCUCGAAUGCGUAAACAUUCCCGAGGACUACUCUGCAAAUUAAGAGGGUCAACGUUUUCUCUUAACGCCGCUUUCUAUGGUUACGAGCCCCUGAAACACGUAGAUUCCAAGAAAAACAGAAAAAAGUGUGAAAGAUCUUCCAGUGAUCGAAGACCUCUCUCUGAAGGUCAGUUAGAGCUGCAUCCCCGAAUGACACCGCUGGGAGACUUUUGGCAUCGAGCCACUGCGACGGGCUCGGGGCAUCUAGGAGACAGCGGUCUACUGGGAGACUGUGGAGUAGCUUUGGUGGACGUUGCUUCACAAACAGAAGACAUAGACUUCAGUGAGUACGCUAACAAAAACUGCAAACAACUCAUUAAAGGGUCAGCUGGAAUUGAAUCACAAUCACUUAUUUCCCCGCCACUGGUAAAACUGAAAAAAUAAAAUUUAAGAACAAGGGUAGAAAAGAGAAGAGUGCACAAUGCAAAAAAUUAGCAUGUACAAAAUUUUAUGGGUUUGUUUUCUUAAAGGAUUCUAGAUAGAAACUUACAGAAAGACUGGUAUUAUUUUAAAUAGGAUUGAAAUACCACAUAAAAAUUUGAUGCACUAUCUAAUCAGGUUAUCUGAAUUCAUCAAUAUACGACGUUUCAAUCUCGCAUUUAAUAAGAACUUUUAUAUUACAUCUGUGCUAACUACAUGCUAAUUUCAGACUGAAAGGAAUAAGCUGAGAUAUUUGUUCAUUUCUUGAGAACUGAAGAAUAAUUUUUUCCCCCUUAAGCACUAAAUUAAGAAUGUUAUCAACUCAUCGAAGAUUUAUUAUCUUAUUUCAAAGAAUUUUGUGCUAUUUCCAGAUUCAAAAAUUCCUUGCCCUACUUAAGAAACCGAAACUUUUUCAAUAAAAUGUUUGCAUGUAAGAGUUGUUGUGGUAAUUAGUAGAUAUUAAUUAUUUCAGAGAUGUCCGUAAAAUUUAUGUCGUUCACUGUGUAUUUCCAAUCCACGAAUCCCAUUAAAUGUAGAUCCUUUGUUGAAAUGCCAGUAACUCGUUUCGUAACCCAAAACGAGCUUUUUUUAUUAUACUUAAAAUAAAACUAUUUUAUGAGUUCAAAAUUCGUUUGCGUUCAGUGGAAUAAUUUAAUUUCAAUCUUAAUUGCACAAUUUAUUUUCGGCAUAUAAAGAAUAAAUUAUUAUUUUUUAACGACACAAUCAAACACCUUUAUUUAUUGGAAGCUAAAUAUAAGCUGCUGGAGUCAGUAAUAAUUGAGUAGUAAAAAUGUAGAGAAAUAUGCUGUAAAGAAUAACUGAAUGUAAAUAUUGUAUAAACUAUUAAAAGUUACAAGAAGAAUCUUGCUUUAACGGCACUCUACUUCUUUAUAUCGAAAAAGGGAAGUAAACAGUAUUAAAUUUUAAUCAACUGUUAGAUCUGAAUUCUUCAUUACGAAUUUUAUUAUUUUUCUGAAAAUCUUUUCUAUUAUAAUUAAAUUUUAAUGGUCUUUAAAGUUAGAAUUUGAAAAAAUAAGGAUUAUAUUGAAUUAUUAUUUUUUGCAAAAAAUGCUACUGUUGUAGUCAAUUUCAGCCAUUAUCAAGCUUUUAAUUGAGACUGCACUUAAGUUUAAGAAGUCGAUGUGUAACUCAAAAUGAAAUUUUAAACCUUUAACUGCACUGACUGAAUGUUUUGUCAAAGAGUUUUUGGUCAUUGUGAUGUCAGCUAUAUAUGUUGUAUGUGUGCAUUAUAUUGCUGUUAACAUUAUUUUUCCCUGUAGAGAAUGGAAAUUGAUUAUAGUAAUUCCUUCUCAUUUCAUUCGCUUCGUUUUUAUCAGCAUUCAUAUAAUGCGGUACAGAUACACAGAUUUCAAAAUGUUUUGAAAGCUGCAAGAAAUUAAGUAGAACUUUUUCUCUUAAAUAUAUAUUACAUUUCUUGUCAAAUUAUAAAAUAAGGACGCAACUUAUUGCAAGGAAAUUUGUAUUCUCUAUUUCGCAAGGUUGUUACUAAAAUGUAAGAUUCAUUUAAAUAUAUACUAUGCUUUCCAUUAUUCAUUUCGCACACUCAAAAAGAAAUAUUUGGAAGAAGAAUUGCGAUAAAAUAUUUGGAAAUAUUUCAGAAAAUUAUUAUUUUCUGUAAGGAUUCUAAAAGAAAUAGGUAAAAUGUUCAUUGCAUGCGAGGAAAAUGCAUGAAGAUAUGAUUUAUUGCGUAUAAUUUACAGUGGCCAUUAAUUAUGCACUAUUAUACUACAUAUGACAAUAAAUUCGUUAGUAGAAAUUAUUACUUAGUUAAUACCUUCCUCAAAUAAAAAAAUGAUAUUAAUAAUUUAUACUUUAGAUGCAAAUUUUCUAUUCCCGUAAGAUUGUAAAGAAUUAUAAUAAAAUAAGAAGAUAAGUUCGACUUCAUUCUUCAUUUCAAAAUUUUUUUAAAAGUUUGUGGAAAAAGGGUAUGAAUAACAAUAAAUUGGUGAUAAUCUUUUAUUAAUCAGUGCAAGUAGUUAUACAUUGAAUUAGAUAUAGAUAAAACUAAACAGAUGAUUGCAUAAUUUAAUAAAAUAACAGGAACAGCAAUUUUUCAAAAUUUAUCUAAAAUGUGUAAUUUAUUUAUUUUAUUAAAGUCACUAUUAUUUUAAAUUCAGUUAUCUCAUGAUAUGUUAAUGUGUUUUCAUUGUGUUGGUUGAAGUCCAGAUAGUUCAUUAGAUGAUUGCUAAGUAAUUUGAUUCAAAAAGCUACUCCAAAAAAGUUAAAUGAGCGAAGCAGAAAUUUUAGAUGAAAAAGAAAAAUAUUUAAAGAAAUUUGGAGUGAAAAAAAAAACAUUUACGGAUAAUCAAUGCUAUUGAUUAGACAUUAUUUUUAUUUCUUUUGAAGCCAACAAAAAAU